AUGAGGCUCGACAAGCGUCCCGGUGUUGAUCUUGAAGAUCCUGCCCCGCGCAAGAUCCCUCGACAGGAAGAUGACUACAUGGAAACAAAGAAGAGAAAUGGAUCACAGAGAGAACGUCCUUCACACGCCUCAACGCAGUCCGAUGGUCUAUCCGAAAACCUCCAAGCAAUGAAUGAUCAAUUCCAAGUAAAUAUAAGAGUCGACACCAUGACCAAAUCACUCAUAAAGGAUCCGAGACCAUUGAAGGCUUCAGAUCUUGUAACUGGUGAAAUUCUGAAAUCAUUUGGAAGCCCGGGGCAGCCACAAGGCGACGGUGUUACUGUCACGUACAAACAACCCCUAGCCUGGACAUAUGAUAUCAAGUGGCUGGAAUCCAUGGACGCAUUUGCAAGCUGUGAUGACGCCCCAGAAGAGACCAUCGGAUCAUGCCAUGCCGAGCUCAUCCGACGAAACGACAUUAGAAAAAGCUUCUACCGUUCCAUGCUUGGGCCAUUUGAAGAGAUCACAUUGCUAGCAUUCGAUCUAUUCGACAAGUACGGCAAGCUCAACAAUGACUACAAGCAUCAUGAGAUCAAAAAGGGCUCUGGACUCUGGAAGCGGCGGUUGGACGAGGGAGACAUCCUGCUGAUUGAAGAUGUGCGUGUCCAAGAACCAUAUCGAUACCGUGGAAUUGGGCAGAAAAUGAUACGAGCGCUGAUGGCAGCCGCUAGCGAGAAAACUGUAGGUGGCCGAUUCGUUGCAAUCGUGUGGCCGAAUUCUUUGAAGGACUUCUGGUUCUUGGAUACGAUGAAAGCGAUUGUGGAAAGAGAGAAGGGGGCUGGCAACUUCCCAUACGAAGAUGCUCUCUCAAUCCAAUGGUUUAGGCUUCUGGGCUUCAAGCGAAUAGGUUCCUCGAUCUGGUUUGGACUCCCCUGGGAAGGCACUCAACCGUCGCCUGGCUUUCAAGCGGGUGGCGACUAUGAUCCACCUCACAGAACCGUUGCGGCUCACCAGAGACUGCCAGAAUGGCUGGUCGGGUCCCUGACAGGACCGCCACGCGACAAUUUCGUCUCGCUGAUGAGGCGCCACUCCCUCCAGAUCCCCUUCGGGAGUAAAGAAUGGCUGGCUACAGACGAAGACGGAAACACUUUACUCCACCUUGCCGCUCUACGCUUCAGUUUGAAUGGCUUGACCUGGAUUCUGGAGAGUGAGGUCGGUUCUCAGAUGGAACAGAUGCGAAACUCAGUAGGUGAUACUCCAUUGGAGGCCCUCCUGCUCAAGCUCGAGGCGAGGCGGACCCGGAAGAUGUCUCGUUCCUGGGACAUCCGAGCCGUGAAGUUUGAAGGACACGACAUCAAAGCGGUCAAGUGUGUCGCCAAGUUGAAAGGUUUACCGCUCGAUACAUGUACCGAUGUGGACUUGGCACGGAUUUCCUAUGGUUGUACUUGCGGAGAAUGCAUCGAAGGCUUUCUGAGUCCUCGCAUGAGCUAUGCCCUGUGGACACAGGCCGAGUCCAUUCACAACAGCGUCAGCGCCGGCUUCUCAAGCGACGUCGAGUCUCUUUCCCGGCUCGAACGGAUUUAUCAGAGCAGGGCUUUGUCUUUACCGACGCUGCCUAGUUACUGCCGAAAGCAGCUUAUGAGGUACAAAAGCAUGCGCCGAGGGCUUGUCCACCUCUGUUGGUGUCUUGUCAAUUGCCUGCGAUUCCGACAGCCUCUGAACGAGUAUACUAUCUACCCCGCUAUUGAGCGUACGCCUCGCCAUCUCCGAAUCGCGACUAGAAAUUUCUUUGUAGGUCUGGGGAGCCUUGAAGCUGUGGUACUGGCGAUCUUUCAAGCUGCAGUUGACAAUGAUGAAUUUACUGGAAAUGGCGAGUUCCUCAAGCAGGUGGCGGGUAAAAAAGAUUACGAAGACUUGCCUCAUUGCCGGAACGACCACGAGUUCAACCUUGUGUUCUGUAAAGUGUUCCGUGACUGGGAUGUGAGCCACAAACUGAAAUUUUAG